GAUCAAGUUUUAGCACAAAAGAGCCCACUCCGUCACACGAGCUGAUGCGUCUCCCUUCCAGGACGCCACGUACAAACACAUUUCAGAGAAAGAGAGGCGGUCAAGGAAAGAAAAUGGAUACUGUAGAGAAGGAUGGUGUGAUCGACAGGUGGGUGAAGAAGCACCUUGUACUAUAUACAGGGGCUACCCGACAUCCUUUCAUUCUCAGCAUAAGAGAUGGGACCAUCGACUUCUCCUCUUUCAAGAGAUGGCUGGGGCAAGAUUACAUAUUUGUUAGAGAGUUUGUUCCUUUUACUGCAAGUGCGUUGCUUAAGGCUUCCAAGAAUUCAGAUGAUAACAGUGAUAUGGAAGUCAUAUUGAGUGGGCUAGCUUCUCUAAAUGACGAGAUUUCAUGGUUCAAGCAAGAGGCAGCCAAUUGGGAUGUUCCUCUCUCUGAUGUUGUUGUCCACAAGUCAAACCAGAAUUAUUGCAGAUUUCUGGAAAGUUUGAUGUUACCAGCAGUUGAGUAUUCCGUGGUCUUUACAGCCCUCUGGGCCAUUGAAACAGUAUACCAAGAGAGCUUUUCCCACUGCCUCGAAGAUGGCAGCAAAACCCCACCGGAGUUACUGGAGUCUUGCAAACGAUGGGGCAGUGAAGGUUUUGGUGAAUUUUGCCGCUCACUUAAAAAAGUUGCCAAUCGAUGUCUAGAGAAAGCUCCAGACGAAGAGCUCAAAAAAGCUGAAAUGACAUUUCUGCGUGUCCUUGAGCUUGAAAUUGAAUUUUGGGACAUGAGCCAUGGGGGGCCUUAAUGAGUUGAUUAGUUUGAAAACCUCACAGAAAAGGUUAAUUGUCUGUUUUUUUUUUUUUUUUUCAAUUCGUACUGUUAAGGAUAUGUUAGGGUGGUUUUAACAAGCUGUUCUUGUAAUGUAGUGUUGUGAAAACUAUUGACAGCUAUCACUGUAUGAACAUGCUUGUGCUGUUUAUGUGCUUCACUCGGCGGAAUUACUAUGA